GGUGUCGCAGACGACGCAGCAGACGACCCGGCGUGCGAGCGGCCCUGUUGAAGGAUGGCGAUACCGGCGUCAGCACGGAGUUCCCUGUGGUUGGUGGCUGCCAUCAUUCUCAACGCAGUCCACGUGCAAUGUCUGUCCAAGGAUGACUUUUUUCCUUUUGGACCAACCGUCGACCAAAGCUUGUCGCCGGACAACGAUGUUAGCUCCUCGGAGUUGCAGCUCAGUACUCCAAUCUUAUUUUACGGGAGAGAGUAUUCAACGCUAUACGUGAAUGACAACGGACUCCUGUCCUUCCUGACGGAAGUGCCGAGGUUCUUCAGCGCCCAGUUCCCUCUCUCUUAUCCAAUCAUCGCUCCACUCUAUUGUGAUGUGGACACAAGAGCCGCAGGGCGUGUCUUUUACCGGGAGACCCAAGAGCCAGACUUGCUGCGUCGCUUCGACACUCUGGUAUCUGAGAACUUCGCCCUCGGUGCCAGGUUUAGGGCACAAAGCCUGUUUAUUGCGACGUGGGAUGGCGUCGGAUACUUCGAUACGAAGGCAGACAAGGUGAACACCUUUCAAGUCGUGGUCGGAUCCGAUGUGGGAGGAGGUGACAGCUACGUGGCAGUCCACUACCCCGAGGGCGGCGUGCAAUGGAUCCAGGCAGAAGCUAAGAACCCUUCCCUGCCGGAUCCCAAGGCCCAGGCGGGUUUCAUGUCCGGAGGAGAAGGAGGCUUCCAUACUCUCAUCAGGGGCUCUGGCACCGACCAGUUGCUCAACUUGGACAGGAUGAGCAACACCGGUGUACCAGGCCAAUGGGUGUACCACGUUUCCGGGCCCCAAGUGGUAGGGCCAGACAUAGGGAACGGCGAAUUCCUGGAUGUCGCUGGCUGCGCCCGGGAACCUUGUCCCCCAUCUAGCAACUGUGUCGACUACGAAGGCGGCUCCUGCUGUCGAUGCAACGAAGGACUCUUUGGAAAUGGACGACACUGCGUCGCAAACGGCACAGCCCAGAGGAUUACCGGUAAACUGAAGGGGAUCCUCAACGAUGUUCCCCUGAGCAAGGAAGUGGAUGUGCAUUCUUACGUGGUGCCCACCGAUGGAAGGUCUUACACGUCAUUGAGCCGUGUCGUCCCAACAUCUCUGGGCAGCGACCUCCAAGCACUGCUGACUCUGGGAGGAGUCGUAGGGUGGAUGUUUGCGGUGCCCAAGGGACACGAAGCUUUCAACGGCUUCAUGCUCACCGGUGGCGUCUUCAACCGAACGGCGGAUGUGACGUUCCCGCAGACAGGACAUCACGUGACCAUCACGGAGCAGUACAUGGGUGUUGAUGCCUUCAACAUGAUGCGCAUGUCUGUGGAAGUCCGUGGCUCGCUACCAUCUCUUGCACAGGGCUCCAAGAUCACGGUCCCAGACUUCACGGAGGACUAUCACAGGCCAUUUCUUGGCGUGGUGCGUUCCCACCUAGCGCACAGCCUCCAGUUGGAAGGCAGUUCUUCGCUUCCCAUCCCUUACGUGGUGGAUCAGACUAUCUCUUUCGAGCAAUGCCCGCACUCUCCUGAAGCCCAGAGCAGCACACAGCGCCUUCACGUCAACAGGAACUAUAUCACAUUCGAUCCGACGGACAGCAUCGUCCGUUACGCCCAUGCAGCCACCAUCGCACCUCUCAGUGGAGUAAGUCCCUGCGACGCUGCCGAAUGUCCUGCCCACAGCAGCUGUAUUCCGGACGGUACAGAGUACCGCUGCCAGUGCGAUAGAGGGUACGAGCAGCUGCAUCAGGCUGAAAGUUGCACAACGUGCGCUGUUCAGACGGCUUGUGUAGAUAUGGAUGAGUGUGCGACGGGAAGAGAUAACUGCCACGCCAUGGCUGAAUGCGUCAACCUGGAAGGAAGCUUCGCAUGCCGAUGUCGUCCUGGAUUCACGGGAGAUGGUCUGCAUUGUCAGAAAUCUAGGACAUCCUCCUGCGCCGAUCUCAACUGUCACAUUUUCGCUGAGUGCGUGGAAGCCGCACCAGGUGUCGGGAUUCGGUGCCGCUGUGGGCCCGGCUACCAGGGUGACGGCCGCACGUGCAUCCAGUCGGCGGGCCUUAUAGCUGACUGCAGGCUUGCGCCACAACUGUGCGAUACCAACGCCGACUGCCAGUUGGACCCCCGGAGCGGGAAGUACGUGUGUAGAUGCAGGGCUCCGUUUGAGGGAGACGGCUCUACCUGCAGCAGGAGGUCCUGCAGGGAAUGUCAUCCGGAUGCCACGUGCGACAGGGAUUAUCGCUGCGUCUGCAACGACGGGUUCGAAGGCGAUGGAGUGAUAUCUUGCAGGAGGAUCGCGGACGCGUGUGCGGAGCUCCGCUGCCACCCGGCCGCCGAAUGCGUGCCUCCGAGCCAGCAAAGUCCACGCCACUGCCGAUGCCGGCCAGGAUUUGCGGGCGACGGCCACACCUGCCUUCCGACCCACGACGAUUGCCGCCUAUCGCCUCACUUGUGCGACGUAAACGCCGACUGCGAAUACGACCAUCGAGCCACCCGUUAUUCUUGUCGCUGCCGUCGUGGCUGGCGUGGGGAUGGUUCCUUCUGUGCCAAGGACUCGUGCCAAGACAUGGCCAACUGUCAUCCUGAUGCCCGGUGCCUGUACGACGUUCACCUCGACGACUACUACUGCGCAUGUAUCCCGGGGUUCUCUGGAGAUGGAUACGAAUGCAGACCUGAACUGGAGACGACGUGCGACGUACUGAACAGGUGCGCCCCAGAAGGUGGAGAAUGCGUGCGAGACUCUCGCGGAAGAUACGUGUGCCGUUGUCGUGACGGAUACAACGGAGAUGGAACACAGUGCGAACCCGUGGACGAGUGUUCCAGCAUCGAACAAUGUCACCCUCACGCUCAGUGCCUCUACGACGGCAGACGCUACCACUGUCAAUGUAACCCAGGGUUCCAAGGGGAUGGGCAGUUCUGUCAGCCCGUCCGAGAGGGGGACUCCUGCGACAUUCUCCAGAACUGCGACCCGUACGCCAGAUGCCUGUACGAUCCAAAUGAACGACGUCACCGCUGCGUCUGCCAACCAGGCAUGGAAGGAGAUGGCCAUACGUGUCACAAGACACAGCCUGCGAAGACGUGCGAUCAGUGCGGCCAGAAUGCCGCCUGUCUCAACUUGGAAAGCGGACCUGUGUGUCAAUGUAAAUCUGGGUACACCGGCGACGGGACUUUGUGCAUCCCCGUUCCCAAAGUGGAAGGUGGCUACUUGCUCUUCGGACAAGGGAUGUCUAUUCUCCAGAUGCCUUUCAAUCCUUCCAAGAGUAAUCCUGGCAAGCUGCUGCUCAUGGAGGAACAGCAAACCGUCGUCGGCAUCGCUGUCGAUUGCUCAGAAGGUCGCAUCUACUGGACAGACGCGGCGUCUGGCGUCAUUCGUCGUGCCUGGUAUAAUGGCUCCUCGCCCGAGACAUUCAGGUCAGGACUAAAGUCUCCCGAAGGCCUGGCCGUCGACUGGGCCUCCAAGAACGUGUUCUGGACGGACUCUGUGGCCGACACUAUUGAGGUAGCGUCGAUAGUUGGCGACUACCACAGCGUUCUUAUCGACACGGGCCUUGUGAAUCCCAGAGGAAUUACCCUGCAUCCAACGCUAGGGAAGAUGUACUGGUCUGACUGGCACCGUGCUUCUCCGCGUAUUGAGUCUGCCUACAUGGACGGGACGGGUCGUCAGGUCCUGGUGGAAGGCGGUGGCCUGGAGUUGCCCAACAUGCUAGCCAUAGACCUGGAGCACAACGACCUUUGCUGGACGGACGCCGGCAGGAGGACAGUUGAGUGCGUAAAUCUAAGUGGCAGCGGUCGGCGCACCGUAUUCACGCCGGCCGAAUACCCGUUCGGACUGGCUCUAGCUGAGGGACACGUCUACUGGACAGACUGGAACAUACCCUUCAUUCACCGCGUGGACCGUAACGGUGGCAAUUCCGACCCUCUUCCUCUGCCUCUGGGAAGCAACGGGAAAUUGUACGGUAUCACCGCUGUUCCUGCUCAGUGCCCACCACUGGCCAACGCUUGCAGCCACCAGAAUGGCGGCUGCCGCCAUCUUUGUUUGCCGAGCGGUCAGUGGGGACGCACCUGCCACUGUGACGAAGACGACCCGGAGUGUAAUCUAGUGGCUGCAUGAGUGUCUUUGAAUACACGAAUGUAAUGCAUCGUGUGGGGUAACGCUGCCAUCCCGUGGUGCCAGUGGUGACACAUUUGAGCCGUACCUCAUGCAUGGCCAACCCUGCAAAUUGUGGAAGAUGAGAGUUUGCAAUAUUCAGCUUCGCCCCUUGUUUGGAUAAUAAUCUUCGAGAUUUAUUCUAAUUUUAAGAGAGCUCAUCAAGUUAGGGAGCAUGUUCGAUGUAUAUGGCACGCACGACCGAACGAACGUACCUUCCGACAGGCUCCUAGAGGUGUCAGCGUUAUCACAUAGGUACUAUUCAUUGUUUCAUUGUGUUAGAUAAUCGAUUCAGUUUCAUUUAUCGUCUUAUUAUUUCGUUGCCAGCGGAAACAUCACACAGCAUCAAUGUUUUGCGCUAUCGCGUCUCGUUGUUACGUUUCGGGAAAAGAAAGACAAAUAGCCAUAGAAGAGUACAUUAUUACUGUCCUAGGGAGUCGUUAAUGAAGUUGUCCACGAGUUUGUUGUGAUACUUUUGCGAAAUAAAGUGCUCCAAACGA